CUGCUCGAUCCCUGCCUGGCUGCAUCCGCUCGUGCUCCGUUCAGCUGCGGCACAGCCUCUUUCGCCUCCUGCCCAUCCAAGGCACCGGGACCGCGGAUCUCUAACAAUCAUGUUUGAAAUUAAGAAAAUCUGCUGCAUUGGUGCUGGUUAUGUAGGUGGACCAACGUGUUCUGUCAUUGCACAUAUGUGUCCGAAAAUUAAGGUCACUGUUGUUGAUGUCAAUGAAGCUAGAAUCAAUGCAUGGAAUUCCGAUACGCUUCCAAUUUAUGAGCCAGGGCUAAAAGAAGUGGUAGAAUCCUGCAGAGGAAAGAAUCUCUUUUUUUCUACCAGCAUUGAUGAUGCCAUCAGAGAUGCUGAUCUUGUGUUUAUUUCUGUUAAUACCCCAACAAAGACCUAUGGCAUGGGAAAAGGUCGGGCAGCAGAUCUGAAAUACAUUGAGGCAUGUGCGAGACGGAUUGUGCAGAACUCAAAUGGAUACAAAAUUGUGACUGAGAAAAGCACCGUCCCUGUCCGUGCUGCAGAGAGCAUUCGUCGUAUAUUUGAUGCCAACACGAAACCUGACUUAAAUUUGCAGGUUCUGUCUAACCCAGAAUUCCUUGCUGAGGGCACAGCAAUCAAAGACUUGAAGAAUCCAGACCGUGUGCUGAUUGGUGGAGAUGAGACGCCUGAGGGUCAGAAAGCAGUUCGCGCUCUGUGUGCUGUCUAUGAGCAGUGGGUGCCCAAAGAGAAAAUCCUUACAACCAACACUUGGUCAUCUGAACUUUCCAAACUGGCAGCUAAUGCUUUCCUCGCCCAGAGAAUCAGCAGCAUCAACUCCAUAAGUGCUCUUUGCGAGGCAACAGGUGCAGAUGUUGAAGAAGUUGCAAGAGCCAUUGGAAUGGACCAAAGGAUUGGAAAUAAAUUUCUGAAAGCCAGUGUUGGAUUUGGUGGGAGCUGUUUUCAAAAAGAUGUUCUGAAUUUGGUUUAUCUCUGUGAGGCUCUGAACUUGUCAGAAGUCGCUCGUUACUGGCAACAGGUGAUCGAUAUGAAUGACUAUCAGAGGAGAAGAUUUGCUUCUCGGAUCAUUGACAGCUUAUUUAACACUGUCACCGACAAGAAGAUUGCUAUUUUGGGAUUUGCAUUCAAGAAAGACACCGGAGACACAAGAGAAUCCUCCAGCAUCUACAUCAGCAAGUAUUUAAUGGAUGAAGGAGCGAAACUUCAUAUCUACGACCCUAAAGUGCUAAAGGAACAAAUCAUUCUAGAUCUUUCUCAUCCAGGUGUAUCUGAGGAUGAUCAAGUGUCUCGACUGGUCACCAUUAGCAAAGACCCAUAUGAAGCCUGUGAUGGAGCCCAUGCCCUAGUUAUCUGCACCGAGUGGGAUAUGUUUAAGGAGCUGGAUUACGAGCGAAUUCACAAAAAGAUGUUGAAGCCAGCGUUCAUCUUUGAUGGCAGAAGAGUCCUUGAUGACCUUCAUAAUGAAUUGCAGGGCAUUGGCUUCCAGAUUGAGACAAUUGGGAAGAAGGUGUCGGCAAAAAGGAUUCCGUUUGCUUCUUCAUGUGACAUACCAAAGUUUAGCUUGCAGGAUCCGCCUCUCAAGAAGCCUAGGGUAUAGGUUUCAAUUGUCACAGAAGGGCUCUUCCCAUGUGAGCUGUAAACCAGCAUGAAUUAAAACAAAAAGCGGGGGGAAAUGGGACACAAUGGAGCCAAAGUUAAGUGCUUUUCCUUUUGAUAUCAAUGGGACAGGUAAUCAUGUCCUCAAAUAUUUCCUUUUGAGAUCAACCGGACUAAAAAGUACUUAACUCUGACUGAAUCAUGCUGAAUAUUUUCUCAUAAUGAAGACAUUUUUUUCAAUAGCAUUGUAGCUGGGACAUUUCAAUCCAGAAUCUGUUUUAUAAUCUCUAUUUUUAUAAUACUGGAACUUUUGUCAUUGAAGUGAAAAACUGUACAGUCAUAGAUGAUUUUAGUAAUUUUUAUAUACGUAUAUAAAAACUCCGCUUCAACCUUCCAAGACUUCCUACUAUGUGAGGUUUACAAACUGCACUUUAAAUUUUUAUGAUGUAUGUUGCAAUCCAAAAGAAACAAGGGAUUUUCCCCAUCUUGUUUGAUACGCUAAUCUGUACUAUGCCAUGCAACAUUGUUCAUUUUAAUUUGACUCUAGGCAGAUGUGGGUAGCUUGCUCAAGGAUAGCUCCUCUUUUUACCAUAAUAUGUGAACCAUGGGGCUCAAUGGAAGGUCUGUUGCUCACAUGAAACACCACAUCUUCAUAUUUUGGUGUCGGGAUGGCUGCAGAGAUGGGUUUUUGGGAUCAGAAGGCAGCCUGAGGUCAAUGCAUUCCUUGUGGUAAUGUUAUAAUAAAAUCAAUGAGUGAUUAUUUGUUAUCCUGAGACUUGCUGCCUGGGACAAGCUGCCUCAUUCCUUUCCUAUCCUUUCAGCAGCAGGUUCUUGUCUAUAAAAUAACAUGCUUCUAUAGAAGUGUAGAACUGGCAGAAAAUAUGGUACUAAGCAGUAUAUGAAUCGUAUGCAAUAUAACUUUACAAACCUGAGAGCCCUAUUAAAGAGGAAUGCCCUGGACAUGUGCUCUAUAUUUUGCUAACUGUUCUACCAUUUUGCUGAUCUAUGCGGUUGAUUUAGCGUUCAUUAUAGCAGGACUGUAACUAGCCACAGUCCUGAUCAUCAGAAGUCAUUACAAAUCCUCCCAAGGCAAGCAGGCAGAUAAGCUUUUUAUAACAUGGAGUCUGUACUUUAUUCUCUUAGGUACACAAGCAUGGGCUAGUAGCUUUUACAGCCUCUGCCAAAAGAUAGAGAAUAAGCAAGUUUUCACUUCCUAUUGUAGCCAAAAGCUGCUUCUGUUUGGUUUCAACAACUUUUGAUUUCAUCCAGAAAUAAAGGUUAAGUGGUUUUUCCUAGUUUCUGCAGUGGCUUUGAAGUCAAAUCCCUAUUACAGCAAAUGCUGUCUUUACUAGAAGAUCACACUAUGUCCAGUUCUCUCUAGAUCAUAGAUUUAAUUUUACUAGAGUAAGGGUUCUUAAAGUGAAAGCUCUGCAUGUUGGUAAAAACAGGUGCAUUCAUCCUUUCUCCAUUACCAGGGCAUUGAGCUAGUCUGCGGAAUUCCAAUCAGCGCGUUGUGAGUGGCUCUUUAAUCUGCACCGCCAAUUCUAUUCGACUUGCUAAAAGUCAUACAGCGGCCACCUGUUUUUAAUUGUUUUUUGGGCUUCCUACAUUCUUAUACUUUGGGAGUGGAAACAUAGCAAAAGCUCACAAUCCUUCCUUUUUCCUUUGAUCAACUGCAAGCACUGCUCCCUAGAACUGCCUUUCUGGCAAAACAGUCUCCCAAACCAUUUUCAUUAACUUUUUUCUUUAAGUCCAAUUUCUGAAAGGGACAUCACACUGAUAAAGCAACUGUAUAUCAUUCAUGACUGCCGUGAAACACAGUGGUUUCCCACUGCUGUUUCAACACUUAACGCUCAAGAAUAUUGCCAGAACAAAAAGUUCACAUAGUUCCAGCAGAACAAAACCUUAUGUCAUAUAUUAUAAUCUGCUUACUACCUCACUGUGAUUACAAAAAUAAAUCUUUGUCUACUCAUUGGUAA